UUUAUUUUCUGGGAUGUAACAAAAAAAUACAGCAGCUGUUGUUUCACUUCUUCAUGUCUACACUUGCAAAGGAAGUCAAGGCUAUUACUCCCACCACUACAGGCUGCAUGUAAUCAUCUGCAAGUUGCAUUCACUUUGCCAGAACAAAAAUAAAGAAGUUCAUUCUUCUGUCUGAAUCCUACAGCUUUGCCGUAAACAAAAUGUCUUGUGCAGAUAUUUGUGAAUAUACAACAAAUAAAGAGGUUCGAAUACGAAGUGUUCCCCUUGGAAUUUUAAAGUUUAUGAUCUUUUUCUCAGUUCUUCUGUACAUGUGCUAUAUACUAAUUACUGAGAAGCGCUAUCAGAAAAAGGAUUCGGUUAUCAGUUCUGUACACACAAAGGUGAAAGGAGUGCUCGAUGUUGAUUCUCGGAUCUGGGAUACAGCAGAAUAUACAUUUCCAUCGCCGGGAGGUGAUUCAUUUUUUGUUUUAACCAACUACAUAAAAACAGAAGACCAAGUAGAAGGUGUUUGUCCAGAGUUUCCAAGCCCCAAAACAAUUUGCUCUCGAGAUGACAUUUGUAAAAAAGGCCAUGCUGCUCCUCAGAGUAAUGGAAUCCAAACUGGAAGAUGUGUUCAAUUUAAUUCACAGUAUAAAACAUGUGAAAUCUCUGCUUGGUGUCCUGUUGAGUCCAAAAGCACCCCAGUCCCUGCUGUACUGGGAAGUGCUGAAAAUUUUACAGUCUUAAUUAAGAAUAAUAUUCACUUUGCAGCCUUCAAUUUCACAACGAAAAAUAUUUUACCAAAGUAUAAUAUGUCCUGCAUCUAUGACAGAAUCACUGCUCCUCAAUGCCCAAUCUUUCGUCUAGGGGAUAUUUUAAAAGAAGCCGGAGAAAACUUUUCACAAGUAGCAAUUCAGGGUGGUAUUAUGGGUAUUGAAAUUAACUGGAGGUGUGAUCUUGAUUUGUCGUCAGAUAAAUGCAUUCCUCAGUACAGCUUCCGGCGUCUGGAUGAUAAAGUUAUUGAUGAACGUUUGUAUCCUGGUUUAAACUUCAGAUACUAUAAAAUGAAAGGAAACAGUGAAAAAGAGCAGAGGAUCCUUAUAAAGGCAUAUGGGAUACGAUUUGACAUUCAAGUCUACGGCACUGGAGGAAAGUUUAACUGGUAUGAAUUAAUACUGUUCAUUGGUUCAUAUCUCUCUUAUUUUUAUGAAAAAGCCUGUGGCCCUUGUAUAAUAAAGCCACUUCGAUAUGUGUCAUUUGUGGAUCAAGACAAUUUUAUCAUGGUGGAUACAAACUUAACGAAAAGUUUACAAAAAACUGAAGGUGAAUGUGUGCAGAAAGAAAACACUUUGGGAUUUAGUAAAGCGACUUUACACAGUCAAUGUUCUAUCCAAACUGAGAUGGCCGUUAAUGAAUCAGAAAUACAUCUGCUUAACAUUAAAAAGAAACCUUCCCCUUCUUCCCGCCCACAAUGGUGCAAGUGUCUAAAGUGCUUGGGAAGAAAGAAGUUUGAGGAUCAGCUCUGCUGUAGAUUAAAUAAUGGGGAAUGCAUUACAAACUCAGAUCUAUUUAAAAAAAUGGUUCUUUCCACAGAUAACCUAAUAUAUAUUCUUCAGUAUAAUAAUCCUUUACUUAACAAACAUGAUAUAAGCAAAGAAGAUCUAGUGCAGUGUGCUGAGAAGCAGUAUAUCCGGUGGCGUUUCGGGUCUAAUAAGGAUGUAUUGGGCUUUGCCACUAUACCAAGCUGUUGUAAAAAUGCCAUUACUGAAAAUAUGGAAAAACAUGAUGGUAGCUGAUUUUGUUUUUGUUUGGUUCUUUUGUAUUAUUAUUCUAAAGGCUAUUCGUGAUUCAUUUAUGUUGACUCCAUCAAACUCUAAUAACUUAAUCAUUCAUGUAUUUUAUUAAUUAAUGUACAUUUAGAAUAUAUGUCUUUUAACAUGGUGAAAAUUCUAUUUUGUAUUAACAGCCAAUAUAAAGUAAAUAACACAUGGUUAAUUAGUGUAUAAUACUUAAACAUUUGUAACAUUUUAUAACAUUUACAACUGUACUAUAGAAUGAUAACUAUGUGUAGUCAAAGUAUUGCCAACCUUUAUGAAACUGAGCAAUAAAUUUAGCAAUAAAUAAAUAAAAACAAAUAUGCACAAUAAAUGAGCCUUAUUUUGGACUCAAACAUAAGAA